ACUGCCCUGGAUGAAAGCAACGAACUGACACGUGCAUCCAAAAAAAAGGAAACGUAGGAAUGGCUCCAUGACUAUGAAACGGAUGGAACCAAGCCCCAAGAACAUGGAUGGAGGAUGGCUUGAAGCGGCGUGGAUCGCCGGCCGAGCCCGAGCGGCACGCCAUCACCAUGUGCGUCGUUGAUUCUUGUCCGGGCCACGGCGCCACCCACCAAUCAACCAACCGAACCGGAGGGCGGGCGGGCAGACAGAGUGAAGAAGAACCACUACAACUGGGACUACUACUGGGUGCUGCCGACGUUCCGUCCGGUCGUUGGUUGAGAUCUUCUUCAUCUUCAUAAAUGAAAUGAGAGAGCACCCAUCCAGAUUCACUGAUCCCCUUCCCAGCUCACGUGAUCUUGCCCGGCCCGGCUCCGAUCCGCUCCAACCAGCCGUGCGGGCGUCGUGCUUAGUGUGUUUACUCCAUCUCCGCCGACGAUGAACACAUGACGCUCAGGUUCGACUCGGGCAGUAGCUUCGAGGACCGCCGCCGUGUUAAUUUCAUGGUGUCGUGUUGGCUUGGCUGGCCUGUCUGUUGGGGUGGGAUCACAUCAGACAUCAGGAUCACAGUCUCCAUCUAUCCAUCUCCAUCCCCGAGAAUGGAUGAGAUUUACGAGUAGAAAUUUGGGAUGAUAAAAGUGACUAACCAUCAACGGCCAACCACCCAUUAAAGCAUGCUUCUCAUGGACGCCAACACUGCGCUGCUGCUGCUGCUGCUCUUCCCCGUCGUCGUCGUCUACCUCCGGCCGCGGCGUGCACCGGCGGCGACGAGCGCGAACCACUGCCCGCACCCGAACCCGAUCCUGGGCAACGCGGUGCCGCUGCUGCGCAACCUGCACCGCUUCCUCGACUGGGCCACCGAUCUGCUUGCGGCGGCGCCGGCCUCCACCAUCGAGGUCCGCGGCGUGCUCGGCCUGGGCGCGGGCGUCGCCACGGCGUGCCCGGACGACGUCGACCACCUCCUCCGCGCAAACUUCCCCAACUACGUCAAGGGCGCGCGCUUCGCGGUCCCCUUCGCCGACCUCCUCGGCCACGGCGGGCUCUUCCUCGCCGACGGCCGCCUCUGGAGCCUCCAGCGGAAGCUCGCCUCCUACUCCUUCUCCUCCCGCUCGCUCCGCCGCUUCUCCGCCCGCGUCCUCCGCGCCCACCUCCACGCCCGCCUCCUCCCUUUCCUCGACGCCGCUGCUGCAGGCGCCGGAUCCGGCGAGGUCGUCGACCUGCAGGACGCGCUCCGGCGCUUCGCCUUCGACAACAUGUGCGGCGUCGCCUUCGGGGUCGAGAGCUCCACCCUGCUCGACGCGGGGCGGCGCCAGGAGGAGUUCUUCGCGGCGUUCGAUGACGCCGUGGAGAUCUCCUUCGCGCGGCUGCUCCACCCGACGACGCUGCUCUGGCGCGCCAUGCGGCUGACCGGCGUCGGCCGCGAGCGGCGGAUGCGCCAGGCCGUGGCAACCGUCGACGAGUACGUCAUGGCGAUGAUAGACCAGGCAGAGCAGCCGCGGCAGCCGCGAGACGAACUUCUGCUGUCGCGGUUCGCGGCGGCGGUGGACGGCGAGGAACCCACGGAGCUGGGCGAGAUGUUCCGCUCGCCGGAGGCGAAGCGGCGUUUCCUGCGGGACGUGGUGGUGAGCUUCGUGCUGGCCGGGAAGGACACCACCUCCUCCGCGCUCACCUGGUUCUUCUGGCUCCUCGCCGCCAACCCGCGCUGCGAGCGCCGCGUCUACCAGGAGGUGGCCACCACCAUGGCCUCGAGCUCGACCUGCUGCCCCGGAGACGAAGACGAGGAGCACUACGACGACUACUACUACGAGGAGCUGAAGGGGAUGCACUACCUGCACGCGGCGCUCACGGAGGCGAUGCGGCUGUACCCGCCGGUGCCGAUCAACUCCCGCGUGGCCGCCGCCGCAGACGUCCUCCCGGACGGCACGGCGGUCGGCGCCGGCUGGUUCGCCGACUACUCGGCGUACGCCAUGGGGAGGAUGCCGCGGCUGUGGGGACCCCGCUGCCGCGAGUUCCUCCCGGAGCGGUGGCUCACGGGCGACGGCGGCGAGUUCGUGGCGGCGGACGCGGUCAGGUACCCGGUGUUCCAUGCCGGGCCGAGGAUGUGCCUCGGGAAGGAGAUGGCGUACGUGCAGAUGAAGGCCGUGGCCGCCGCCGUGGUCCGGAGGUUUAAGGUGGAGACGGUGCCGGCGGCGGCCAGCAUGGACGCGCCGCCGCCGUACGAGAUGGCCGUCACGCUCAGGAUGAAGGGCGGGCUCCGCGUCCGGAUCCGGAGGCGGGAAGACGACGACGGAGACCCAAUAUGAAUCAUUUACUGGGAUAAAUGCUUGUACUCCGUAUAUUAACAGCUUUCUCGUCGUCGAGAUUACAAGUUCGAAACAAAGCAUCGUAUUAAAACCAA